ACAAAACAGAAGCACAUAAUUGUGUGUGCUGUGAAGAGUCAUUGCCCGAAACGUCGCCUAUUUGUGUUCCUUUAAAGGCCCGUGCAGAAGCGCCGCGUCCUUUACCUGACCUAAACAAGAUAGCGGCACGCGGCAAGGGUAACCAAUCACAGCACGUUACUCAGAGCACGUGCGUCGUCCUAACCAAUCGUCUACGAGGGACGUAGCAACAUGGCCGCCGACGACGGAAUGUACCUCGGAGCGCGAGUGAAGGAGGCCGGAGAGGAAGCGGCUCAGCGCGGGACCCCGGGAGCUGCAAUCAUCAUGGCCAUGGAGGCGAGUUCGUGUGAUGUGCUCGUGGUGGGAGCCGGGCUAAGUGGCUUGAGUGCAGCUCGGCUUCUCGUGGCGCAUGGCUUAUCGGUACUUCUCCUGGAAGCAAGGGAUCGUGUUGGAGGACGCACUUACACCGUCGAGGAUGAGAAUCUUGGCGUGACAGACCUGGGGGGCGCCUAUGUGGGACCUACCCAAGACCGCAUACUGGGCCUGGCUGAAGAACUUGGUGUUGCUACCUACCAUGUUGAUGACUCCAACAACAGCCUGGCACAUCUGCAUGGUAAAAUCCGAAGGUUCACGGGCACCAUCCCCCCGACAUACAAUCCUGUGGUGCUGUUGGACCUGCACCGUGUGAUGCGCGCCAUCGACCGCUUGGCUCGCGAGGUUCCACUCAGGGCACCAUGGACCCACCCGCGUGCCCACGCCCUCGACAGGAUGACGGCACGAGAGUUUUUGCGCAGCCUCGCCUGGACCCGCACCACGGUGAGCUUGAUGGAGAUUUUGGUGCGGAACGUGUUUGCUGCGGAACCACACGAGCUGUCAGCGCUUGGUGUGAUGUGGUACAUCCACUCCGGCGGUGGCGUGGAGCGAGUCGCCAACGUCUCAAAUGGAGCCCAGGAGAGGAAGUUUGUGCUGGGUGCGCAGACCGUGAGCGAGCGUUUGGCAGAUCGCGUGAGCAGGGACAUCCUGAAGCUGAAGCACGUAGUGGCCAGUAUCGUCCAGACGGACGAGGGCGUGCAGGUCACCACGGUGCAGGGAGACCGGUACAAAGCACGUUUUGCAAUCAGCGCAAUCCCCACCGCCCUCAUAAACAAGGUGCACUUUGAGCCGGCCCUGCCGCCCCUGAGGAGCCAGCUGGUGCAGCGCAUGCCGAUGGGAUCCAUCAUUAAGACCAUCACCUUCUACAGCACAAGCUUCUGGAAGCAGCGUGGCUUCAAUGGAUCAUGCAUGUCCGACUCGGGCCCAAUAUCGUACUGCAUCGACGACACGAAACCGGACGGGAAACACGCGGCCAUCAUGGGCUUCAUCCAGGCAGACAAGGCGCGAGCCAUGUGCCUCUUCAGCCCUGUGCAGAGGUGCAGUGCCGAGUGCCAAUGGGCGGGCUCGCUGUGUGCAUGCACCUGUGCUCCCUUGUGUCCUUGUGUGCAUGUGAAUUAGGGGUGGAGCGACGCCUCAUCUCGGCGAUUGGUAUCGAUUCGUAGGACUGACAAACACGCUUCGCAUCGUGCGUGUGUAGUGUCAGUGAUUCGGAGACAAGGUUUGUAGGAGGCACCUUUAUUAUCAACAUUCACAGUCUCGUCCACACACUCUCCACAGUCGCUUAACCUAGCCUGUACACAACACUAGCCAUGUGUAGUAAGUAUUCAGGAGGCUUGACGACGGGGUCGGAGGCACACUUAUUUAUUAACACCAACUUGUGUACAGUAACGGGUACACACAGUACUAAAGGGGAUAUCGUCCCCUUUACUCGGCUACAGGGAGACACAACAUCUAACCCCGCUAACCUACGCCCAAGUCCUCCACUACGGAGCUAGGGGAGGCUACCUAUCCCAGCCCUGGUCAAGCUGGGAUCCCGGCACCCUGAGUCUCCAGACCGGCUCUUAUAAGAACGUCAGUCUGGGCUCUCGGGGCCACGCCACCGGCUUGCCCUGGUCGGCCCUGACACGGACAGCCAGCCAGGGGAGCUCCGGGGCCUAUUCUAGCUGGUCUUCAGUCUUCGCUGGUUUAAGCUAAUACUCGACCUCGAGCCCUCCGGCUCACCAUCUUUUAUAGUACUUGGCCCCCCGGGAGGGGCCCGUGGGGGAUGCAGGUGCGGACAUCGGUGUGAGCACCUCCUCUGUGUACGGCUCUAACCACGCCCCUUGUGUUUGUUAGCCAUCCGUGC